AUGGCUAUUGUUACUCCCCGACUACUCUCCCACGAAGAAGAAUACGGCCGCUCAUAUGCCAUCCUGGAAGCCGCCCGAGAAGCCGCCAAAGCCUCGCGUGGGUACAACUCGGAGGCCACACGGCAAAGGCUCGAAGAGACCUUCCAACAGCGCAUGGGAGGGAGGGUACCACACCAGUGGCAGGUGGAUGUCACAGAGGCACUGUUGGUGGGAUUAGACUGCACGGUCAUAGCGGGGACAGGUAGCGGGAAGACGAUGCCAUUCGUCAUGCCUACCUUUGUAGAAUUCGACAAGAUAUAUUUCAUAAUCUCUCCUCUUAAUGCGUUAGAAGCAGACCAAGCGGGGCGCUUCGCCGACUUGAAAGUCCCUGCGGCCGCUGUGAAUAGAACAACGUUUUCAGACAAGCUAAUGGAGGUAUGUAAAAUACGACUUACCCACGUUAUUGGGGCGUUCAUCAUAGAUGAAGCACACUGCAUAACGCAGUGGGGGGGCGACUUCCGAACCGAAUAUAGCGGGCUGGAUAAGUUUCGGGCACUCGUCCCGACACCUGUGCCCUUCUUGGUGACGUCGGCUACUCUGACCCCAUUUCAGCUGGAACGAACACGUUCAAACCUCUCCAUUGAGGAAACACGUUCGUUCCACCUGAACCUGGGGAACGAUCGUCCGAACAUAAAGCAAGAAAUGCGACUUAUGAAGUCAGCGAGCGAUUUCGCUGCGCUCGACUUCAUAGUCGCAGGGGCCGAAAAAAGGGAGGAUAUACCACGUACAAUAAUCUUCGUUAAUGAUGUCUCGAAGACCCAUGCGGUUGCGCAUAGGCUUCGAGCCAUGGUACCGGACCCGUUGCGGCCGGAGAUUGCGCUUUUGCAUGCGCGACGGUCAGAGGACUCCAAGCGUGAGACUUGGCGGCGCUUCAAGGAGGGGGAGGUUCGUAUCCUGGUCGCGACAGAAGCAGCAGCAAUGGGGAUGGACGUACCGGAUAUCGCACUUGCCGUGCAAUUCGGUGUCCCUGAGAAUCUUGCGGUCUGGCUGCAACGGGCCGGUCGCGCAGGCCGGUCGCCUUUAUUAGAGGCGACGGCAGUGAUGCUGGUAGAGAGGUCCGCCAUCCAAAGGGUGGGGGUGAAGAAGGAGGCGGGGGUGAGAGAAGAGGAGAGUGGCGCACCUGCUGACAAUUCCAGCGGCUCUGAGUUCGAAGAAGAGGAAGAAAAACUCAAAGCAGCGACAACAACAGCAGCAGCAGCAACAGCAGCAGCAGUCAUCAAGUACAGAAAGACCGUGGAGCAGAACCUGCGGGCUUGGAUCGAGGCGGAAGGGUGCAGGAGAGACGUUGCAGACGCCUAUUUCGACAACCCGCCACGACGCUCCCCCAUCUCCCCCUCCCGCUGCUGCGACAACUGUGCCGCCGCCGCCUCCCUUACCACUGGACCACCGCCCGCGUCUGCCUCCGCAACACCCAGCGGCGCGAUGGUGGCGUUGGCCACAGCACCGCCACCUCCGGAUGCCCUCGCCGACACCACCGGCGACGAUCACGAUUUCAACACCGCGUUGGAGCGGCGAGCCGGCACCCAUCUCAAGACCGUGAAAAGCUCCCUCGUGGAGUGGAGAUUCACGACCCGGCGGACAAAGUACAAAUUUUCGUCGCUCAAGGCCGACAACAUCCUCCCCGACGGCGCCCUCACGACCAUCGCGUCUCUGCGGCGAGACGUGAAGACGAUCCAUGACCUCGUGCGAGUCCUCAAUCCCCCUUGGCCUCAUGUCGACGUCCACGGUGCCGAAGUCCUCAAGAUUGUCCGAGAACUU